AGAAGGAGAAAAGAAAAGGGGAGGAAGAAAAUAAAAUUUGUAAAAAGUAAGAAGAAGAAGAAGAAGAAGAAGAGACGAACGACGCUCGUUGGCGAAUUUUAAUCACAUCUGUCUCUCUAUCUUGUUCUCUCAGAACCCGAUUAAAUACUUUCUAUCUUUUUAAUUUUUUUUUUUUUUGUAUUCUUCGGCUAAGUGUAAGCUCACCGCGCGCGUCGCGGUGCCAUUUUGGCAAAAUGAAAAUAAUAACGGUGAGGAGGCAGGACGUAGGGCGUGCAUCACCGGCACCGCUUCUUCUCCUCCUCCUUGGGAUUUUACUCGGCGGUUGCGUCGACGCCGUUCUAUCGCGUUUACCGCGUUCCCUCGAACGUUCGAAAAAUGAGACCAAUUGCGAUAAAGUCGCUUUCUUUUUUGAGAACGAGAACAAUGUUGUUGCGAGGCUGAUUACUGCCAGCACGGAUUCUGGGACCACAUCUUCUCCUGCAUCCAAAACGAUAUGUGGUGCCUCAUGCUGUGGACACGAAGUCGAGAAUCAUUUGAGACUCAAAGCCGGAAAGGAUUUUGACAAUUUGAUUCAUCAUCACAGCAGGAGUCUUCAGGGACUUCUUGCCACGACUGCUGAUUCAUUAAGAGAAACGGUAACGACGUUGGCGAAACAAUCGGAGGUCAAGACGAUGACACUGUUCGAUCAAGUAUAUAAAUCUAUGGCAGUUCAGAGUAAACCAUCGAUCAGAGCACUUUACCAAGCAAUGAUAGACUACGUGUCACCCAAUAACACGCCUGAUAGUUUGCAACAACCAUUGACACGUGAAUUACUUCACGAAAGAUUUCUCGAAUUUUUCACAAAACUAUUCCCGGUAGCUUAUCAUCACGCAGUUAAUCUCGGUAAAGAUGAUUUCUCCGAUAAAUUUAAGUCGUGCUUGUACGAGACCAUGGAAGAGAUCCAACCGUUUGGUGACGUACCAAAACAAAUCUCAGGAGUUGUUGGUAAAAGUCUCGAAGCUACCAGAGUUCUUAUCCAAGCAUUGACGCUCGGUAAAACUGUCUUGGACAGGACCGAUAGCGCAUUAUUUUCUGGCAACAGUCCUCAACAAGAAGCUUGCUAUAAUGCCCUACUUAGGAUGACUUAUUGUCCACGUUGCUACGGCAUAGAACCAACCGUCAGACCCUGUGCUGGAUUCUGCACCAACGUUAUGAGGGGAUGCUUGACGGAGUCGGCAUCGGAGUUGGAUCUCGCGUGGUCUGGUUACGUGGGAUCGGUCGAGAGGCUCGUCGUGGCGGUCGACGGUCGUAACGAUCCUUUGGGUCUGAAUGCCGAGAGGGCCGUCAGACAAUUGGACACCCGCAUUUCGGACGCCAUUAUGCAAGCCAUGGGGAACAGCAAGGCUCUCGAGGAGAAGGUGCGAAAAGUGUGCGGUCGUUCGGAUGUCGAACAACCGUCUGAAAGUAGUGGAAUAGCACCAGAUACAGUUGAAAGGUCAUCAGAAGCCAGUUUAGAGAUGCACGCAGCUGCACCGCCACCUUCAUCGUCCUCAUCUACAACCCACAGAAUACUACCUAACAAGUUGCACACACAACUGGGAAAUUUCUUGGCCAGUGUAGCAAGUUCUCGUACCUUCUAUGACACCCUUGCUGAUACUAUUUGCGAAGAUCAUCCCGAUAAAGGUUGUUGGAACGGUGAACGAGUUGGAGAAUAUUCGAAGACCGUGGUAGACUCCAGUUUAAGUGCUCAGAGAUACAAUCCAGAAUUCACAGUGACAACGGUAUCGUCAACCGCUUCCUACGGCAAUACGAACACCAGCGUACUCAUUGACCAAUUGAGGCACAUUAAUCAGAUAGUGCAGUUGCAGUUGGCAUUGGCACCGGACGGAGGAACUCCGCUUGCCGAAGAAGCUCACGAUGGUUCCGGAAGUGGUGACAGACCUGGUUGGAGGAAAAAAGGUGACAUGGAAGACGAUGACGAAGAUUCGACGAAUGAUGAUAGAGAUGAUGAAGAAAACUCAGGAUCAGGAAUGGGACCCACUACACCAGAUUCAUCGGUGAAGACCCACCAAGAUUCACACCCAAAAGUAGCCUCAUCGAAUAUGCUGAUGCCAUCGUUGACGUUGAUCCUCGUGUUCUGCAUAUUAGUCGCCUAAGGAAAUAAAAAAAAAUAAGAAGGAAAGAAAAGAAAGAAAAGAAAAGAAGAAGAAAAAAAAUAAAAAUCAUUUCCUGUUUCCGAAAUAAGAGUCAACCCCCUCUUCUUCCCCCCUAGAUUGGUGUAUCCAAACAAAAAAAGAAAACAGGAUUUUCUCUUUCUUCCCCUUUUUAUCCUCGAGACAGUGAAAUCGAUUAAAAAGGGGGAAAAACGCGAAUAAGAGACACGAAUGUGUGUUUAAUCCGCGAUAUACGCUUUUAUUAAAAUUAUUUUUGUUUCUUUUUUAUUUUUAUUUUGUCCUAUUAAUCGUCCUAGUCGAAAUUAGAAUGAAUUGGACGAAAGGAAAAAAGAAAGAAAGAAAGAAAAAGCUAGAGAAAGAGAAAGAUAAUUAGUUGAUUAUUAUUAGUAAAUAGACAAACGAUAAUCUUUUCGACGAAAUAAUGUAAUAGUUGAAGUGUCGGAGAGAGAAGAAAUAAAUAAAAUAAAAUAAAAAAUAAAAUAAAAACAACGUAUCAUCGGUCAGUGUUAAAACUCAGGUGUCUCGAGGGUUAUUUAAAAAUAACAAAAUAAAUAAAUGAAUAAAUAAA